AUUUGACAGGAGGAGGAAGUAGCGACGCUGGAAACAAGGCGCUCGUUCAGGGGGGCUUUUCUUGACAUGAAACAACACCUGUAACCUAAGGCUGUUAUACCACACGUUGAAGAAAGAUAUGUCUUAAUGUAUUUCAUACUCAGCAGGAGAACAGAGAGGGUGGAGACAAAGAUUUUCGGAUUAAAAGGAAGGAUUUGAUAGCAUGCAGUGAUGCCAGGCUUGCCAACAAACCACACAGCAGCUGAGGCCAGCAUUAGGGAGACGUCAUCUCGUCCACACGUCAUCCAGAUGAGGCAUGCUGGAAGUAUGCAGCCCAUGUAUAGAAGAGAUGCUGGAGUCUGGCACCAAACAAGAGCCCUUCUCUACAAGAAUCUCCUCAUCAAAUGGAGGACCAAGCAACAGAGCCUUCAGGAGUUGAUCUUACCUCUGCUACUGUUGGGUCUCCUGAUACUCAUCAGCACCCUCAAUCCUCACGUUUAUUAUGGAGGCAUCAGCACUAUGGAGCUGGAGCGUGACGACCACUUCUUCAAGGGCCUGGGCUACACACCGAUCUCUAAUAUCACCAACCACAUAAUGGAGGAGGUGGCCCAGGAGAUGCACAUGCGGGAUCGUCUGGAGAUGUUUGCCAGUGAGGAAGACCUUGAGAACGCCAGCCUGUACGAGCCUUCCAGCUAUGUUGGUGUUGUGUUCAUGGACAGCACUGCCACCUCAUACAGGCUACGCUUCCCGUACAACCAGCUGCCUCUACCAAGCGAUUACACAGAAUCUUUUGCCAACUGUUUUACUAGCUCGGUGAACUGCAGAGCAGCUAAUUACUGGUAUUCUGGCUUCAUCCGCCUCCAGUCUCUGAUCGAUGCAGCCAUCAUCCAGAUGCAGACGAAGCGAUCAGUCUGGAGUGAGAUGGACCUGAAGGUAGUCAUGAUGGGCCAGCCAGGCUCUGUGGAGGUGCAGAAAUUCCCCCACGCCCUCAUCUCCAUCUACCUGGUCCUGGCCUUCACACCUUUUGUCACCUUCCUCAUCGUCAAUGUGGCAGCUGAGAAAGAACAUCGUCUCAAAGAUACCAUGACCAUGAUGGGGCUCUAUGACACGUCUUUUUGGCUUUCAUGGGGCCUCCUGUAUGCUGCUCUGGUGACAACCAUGUCCCUCCUGAUGUCCAUCAUCGCUACUUACACGGCCCUAUUCCCUAACAGUGACUUCUUUGUCAUUUUCCUCCUCAUCUUCCUCUAUGGAAUAUCAUCAAUCUUUUUCUCCUUCAUGCUGACUCCGUUGUUUAAGAAGCCCAAGUUUGCCAGCACGAUUGGCUCCAUGCUGACGGUGGUGUUCGGCUGCCUGUCACUCUUCACCGUGCUGAUGAAGGACUUUCCACAGCCACUGGUCUGGCUCCUCUGCCUACUCUCACCCAGCGCAUUCUCAAUCGGAAUUGCACAGGUGGUUUACCUGGAGGCUCAGGGAGAUGGUGCAGUCUUUUCCUCGCUGGCCAAUGGCCCCCAUCCUCUCUACGUACCUCUGCUCAUGUUGGUUCUGGACUGUGUUCUCUACCUUCUCUUGGCUAUCUACUUGGACCAGGUACUGCCUGGUGAGUUUGGAAUGCGGAGGUCUUUGGUGUACUUCCUGAAGCCUUCCUAUUGGUCCAAACGAAGGAAGCGCUACGUUGAAGUGAGCUCAGUGUACGACGCAGAGGUGAAAGGAGCUCCUGGUGGGGACGAGUAUAUCGAGCCGGUUUCACCUGAGUUCAGAGGCAAAGAGGCCAUUCGCAUCAAUAACAUCCACAAAGUGUACAAAGAGAAGGACAACGUGGUGGAGGCUCUAAGAGGUUUGACGUUUGACAUCUAUGAAGGCCAGAUCACGGCUCUGCUGGGACACAGCGGAGCUGGAAAGUCCACUCUCAUGAACAUCCUGUGUGGAAUCUGCCCGCCCACUAACGGCUCGGCGACCAUCUACGGCUCCCCUGUAGCGGAGAUCGCAGAUGGGUCAGAAAUGAAGCAGCUGGUGGGAAUCUGCCCCCAGUUCAACAUCAUCUUCGACGUGCUCACGGUGGAAGAGCACUUGAUGAUAUUUGCUGCUAUUAAAGGAAUCCCACCGGCGGAGAUUGCUGCUGAGGUUACUAAAGUGCUGAAGGAUCUGGACCUGGAGAAGAUCAUGACUGCUCAGGCCAAGAACCUGAGUGGAGGCCAAAAGAGGAAACUCUCUGUGGGCAUUGCCAUUCUAGGAGAUCCUAAGAUCCUUCUCCUGGACGAGCCCACAGCAGGCAUGGACCCCUGCUCCAGACACCAGGUGUGGUCGCUGCUGAAGAGCCGCAGAGCCGGCAGAGUCACCGUCCUCAGCACACACUACAUGGACGAGGCUGACAUUCUCGCUGAUCGCAAAGCUGUGAUUUCCCAAGGACAGCUGAAAUGUGUUGGCUCUUCCCUGUAUCUGAAGAUCAAGUGUGGCGUUGGAUAUCAUCUCAGAAUGUCCAUCAAUGAGAGAUGUGAAGCUGAAAAGAUCUCAUCACUGGUCAAGCAGCAUGUUCCCAAGGCAAAGCUGGUGCGACAACACGAGGCAGAGUUGACAUUCACUCUGCCUUUUGAGAGCAUGGACACAUUCUCAGGCUUGUUCUCGGAACUCGAUUGCCAACCCAAUCUGGGAAUUAUCAAUUAUGGCGUUUCCAUGACAACACUGGAAGAUGUUUUUCUUCGUUUGGAGGCAGAAGCUGAAGUUGACCAAGCUGACUACAGUGUGUUCAAUCGGGAGCAGGCAGAAGAUGAGUCUGACAGCGCCUCUUUGGAUGAUACAGACCAGCGGCUGCUGACGUUCUCAGACAGCAAGUCGGAUGUUGUGAUGGGUCACGCUCUGUGGCGGCAGCAGUUCAGCACCGUGGCUUGGCUGCACAUGCUCAACAUGCGACGGGAGAGGAAGGCCUUUGUUUACACUCUGGCCUUGUUCCUGGUGUUUGUUGCGGCAGUGCUUGUCCUAUCACUGGCCACAGGAAACAUCCAGAUUCACUCCCCAGAUCGUCAAUUUCUGCCCAUUUACCUCCUCAAAAAGAACCAGGCGCCCCGGAGGUACAGCACCAGUCUCCUGGUUCAGAACUCCUCAGGCUCUGAUAUUUCUGACUUCAUCCACAACCUGGAGUCUCAAAACAUCAAAGUGGAGAUGAUGAAACAAAGCGACUACAUGGCCGCCGCUCCCCACAGCGCUGCCAUCAAUGUAACAGGAUCCAGCAAGGGUUUCAGAUACAGUGUUGCAUUCAAUAGCACGACAGUUCACUCCUUGCCUAUGGCUGUCAAUAUACUAAGCAACGCUCUGCUCAGAGGUCUGAAUGGUACUGGGCAGAUCCGUACAUGGACCAAACCAUUUGAUUAUCAAAUCCCAGAUGCUACGUCCUACGCUCUGGUGUACAUAGAAGCAAUCCUACUGGGAAUGCUGGCAGCUGGAAUGCCUGCAUAUUUUGCAAUGGACCACACUCGAGACAGAGAGAUUAAGUGUCGAUCUACACUGCGUAUCUCUGGUCUGGUACCAUCAGCCUACUGGUGCGGCCAAGCAGCUGUGGAUAUCCCGUUCUACUACAUCAUCCUCUCCAGCAUGACCAUCAUCCUUUUCUCCUUCCACACUGGAAACCUGCUCACCUCCAGCAACCUCACCGCUGUGGUCCUUUGUACUGUUGGCUUUGGUCCGGCCAUGAUCCUCUUCACCUAUGUGUUUUCUUUUGGCUUCGCCCGAGUCCAGAGCAACAGGGAUUUCUUCUCUGUCAUCUCCAUGAUGGUAUGUGUGGUGUCAGCCUCGCUGGUUCAGUUGUCAGUUGUGAACGACAGUGCUGGACUGACAAGAAACCUGCACAACAUCUUGUGUUUCUUCAACCCUCUGUACCCUCUGAUGGGCUGCCUCAACUGCGUCACCAAGGCGACCUUCCUCCCCUCUCUGUAUGAAGAGAACUUCUUGUGGAAAAACCUGCUCAUUGCGGUUAUAGCUCCAUAUCUCCAGUGCAUCCUGCUGCUUUUCCUGCUUCGUUGGCUGGAGCUCCAUUACGGAGGGAGGACAAUGAAAAACGAUCAGUUCUGCAGGAUCUCUUCUAAGUCAAAGCCCAAAGUGGAGAGAAAUCCAGAAGAAGGGCUGAAUGAGGAUGAGGAUGUUCAGAUGGAGAAGGCCAGAGUGAAGGAGGCCCUCACCUGCCAGUCCUGUGAAGAGAAACCGGUGGUGGUUGUUAGUAACCUGAGGAAGCAGCACAAGGGCAGAAGAGAAGGAUUUUCUCUGAACAAAACAAGGAAGGUGGCCACGAAGAACAUCUCUUUCUGUGUUCGCAAAGGUGAAGUACUCGGACUGUUGGGCCCCAAUGGAGCAGGAAAAAGCACCAUCAUGCAUAUGUUGUCUGGUGACACUCACCCCACUGCAGGCCAGGUGCUGAUGGGCGACUACAGCACAGAGUUUCGUCCUGUGGACAGUCCGUUGGAACAUGUGGGUUACUGUCCACAGGUGAACCCUCUGUGGCCCAGGAUCACCCUGCAGGAGCACCUGGAGAUCUACGCUGCCAUUAAGGGUCUGAGAGGACAGGACGUACCAGGGAUCAUCAAACGUGUUGUGAACGCUCUGGAGCUAAAGGACCACUUGAACAAACAAGCCAAGACGCUGUCAGCAGGACUGAAGAGGAAGUUGUGCUUUGCCUUGAGUAUGAUCGGGAAUCCUCAGAUUGUUUUACUGGAUGAGCCGUCAUCAGGAAUGGACCCCAAGUCUAAACAGCGCAUGUGGAGGGCCAUACGCGCUGCUUUCAAGAAUCGUCAGCGGGGAGCCAUCCUCACCACGCACUACAUGGAGGAGGCGGAGGCCGUGUGUGACCGUGUAGCCAUCAUGGUGUCCGGCCAGCUGAGAUGUAUCGGCUCCAUCCAACAUUUAAAGGGGAAAUACGGUCGAAGCUACAGUUUGGAGGUCAAACUCAGAGAGGAGCUGACUGGCCUCCAGCAGGUGGCGCUGUUGCACAAGGAGAUCCUCCGAAUCUUCCCUCACGCUGCCCGGCAGGAGAGCUUUGCUACUCUGAUGGUCUACAAGAUCCCCAUGGAGGAUGUCAAAUCACUGGCCGAGGCUUUCUCUCAGUUAGAGAGUGCCAAGCAAUCGUUCAACUUUGAAGAGUACAACUUCUCCCAGUCGACCUUAGAGCAGGUUUUUAUGGAGUUUGCCAAGGAGCAGGAGAACGAGGAGGAAGAGGUCGGAUCCCUCAGCACAACGUUCCAGUGGCAGCGUCUGCGUCAGGACGGCCCAGUGUCCGUCAACCACACCGACAGCAUCGUGCACCAGCUUUGAAACUCUGACUGACAGAGGGAGCAGGCUGGUGACUGACCAGGACGGACCAAUCCCAGACCUGCCAGGCUUCGACGCCUGAGGGUUCACGCCAGCACUCGCCCGCUCCACGCACACUGAAGUUCACCGCCCGUAAACGAACAGAACAGUCCUGGGUGGGGGGGCUCACAUACACUGGGACUGACUGUGUGUGUGUGUUCAGGCUCAGGGCUGUUACGGCCCUUUUCUCUGGGUCUGAGGUGUGCAUGUGUGUAACCCUCGUCCACUGGUGCUCCGUGUUUUCUGAAUAGCGCUAACCGAGGGGCUUUCUCAACACACUGAUGUGACACCUACUCCUCUUUCUAUAACGGUGUUUUUUUAUCUUCACAGGGAGUCAGUUAAAGUAAAAAUAUAUAUAAAUAAUAUAUAAUAUUUAUGCUUUGUAAUCCGUUCCAUCCAUUCUUCUCUGAGGGAGACGUUACAGUAAGUGUGUUUGCUCGUCUCUUCAGAUGUUUUUGUCUGUUGUGUUUGUGAAACUGUUUUUUAAGCACUACCAGAACUGAGAUCCAUCCACGAUCGUACCAAAGCAGCACAUCUCUGAACCACACACUACCACACCUCUUCACACAGUGAAACUGAGAUGUACUUUUUGUUUUUUUUUUGGUGUCAGUAGCAUGUGCAUAAAUAGUUUGCAUAAUAGUUCUAUAAUUGAUGCGGGGCAGUGGAAUUAGGCGAUGUCUGAAAUAUCCCAUUUUGCUAACACACUGGAGAAGAGAUGCUACAGCUCUCCACAGUCUUUGGACCUUAACGAAGCCCCCGACUAACAAUAACAGAGUGUUUUUUUUUCUCUGAGGUUGAAGUCACUUCUCCUCAUUUUACACCAGCAUGCACAUCUUAACAUUUAAUCUCUGCAUUCUCCAGGAGUGUUUCAGCAUGCACGCUCAUGAAGAGGUAGAUUAUGUUGUGGUAGACAGAUGUUGGGAUGAGGGUUUUUGGAUCGCUGGUCUUGGUCCUGUGGCCUUCCUCUCUGUAGGUUUAGCUUUGAACCAGAACCCAUAGUUUGGGAAUGUAGUGUAGAAUAUGCACACCAGUACAUGUAGCACACUGCCCUUGUCACACAUUAGCCAGGGCCGAUGACCUCAAAAAAAUAUGGAGAUGUGAAGCUCGAGGUUGUGUUCAGAUCCAGAUGUUUAAGUCGUCUCUCAUCCAGGUGUUGUGAAGAUUUUUGAUAACAGAUUUUUGAAUGUACGUUCGGCCUCUGGUGAGAGGAGGGUUUGUUCUUCAGUGGUGACCGCGCUCUCGUCACGCUGUUUCACUUUGGUGCCACUUUUACUCACACAGCUGUGUUUUGUUAACUCUAUCUAACCUGUUAGGUGUGCGUGUGUGUCUGUGUGCGUGAGAGUGUGUGUUUCUUGUGUUGUAUAUAUUGUGUGUAGCUGCGGCUAUGUCUGCAUAUUUAAUCAAGCAUUUGUACUAGCAGGUGCGUUGUUGGUGCAAUACCCAUCAGCAAACCGACAAAUUGUAAUUUUGUUCCUUGACAUUCAGGUGAGAGUGAGAAUAUUCUGUCUACUUAAAGGGAUUUAAAGGGACAUUUUGUUGAACAGACUUAUAAAUAUGUGAUCUGAUGGGUUUCAUGUUGAUGAUCAUAUCUGAGUGCUGGCUUGGUUAAGCACAAGAGGGUGGACAGUUGACCACUCGGUCCUCAAAACUCAGCAUUAGAAGUUUCACAGAGGAAUUAUUAGUUGCAGGGUUAUUGUACUGGAUUUAAUGACACAGUCUGGUAUGUUUGUUUUGUCCUCCUCUGCAGUACUUAAUCUACGUUAACAGAGCUGCAGGGGAGCAGAAGAUGGUUUAUUUUAAAGACAGCCUGAGGUUUUUUGAUAUGAAGUAUAGAUACCUAUUUGUAUAAAACAUCCGAAAGGGUUCAUUUUCUGUCGUAAACUCUCAGAUUCAUGGCACACAUGCUGAAAAAUGUCUGGUAUACAUUUACUUUAAAGGAUUAGUUCACCAGAAAAAAAAUGAAAGUUGGCUAAAGUUUUAAGUCUAACAGAUGUAAAACAUUUCUGGAGAAUCACAGCAAAGCAGCGAUGCAUUUUUAUGUUUUUUUUAGUCCUCAGCUACUUCACUUGUUUUGCUGUGAGGCUCCUGAAAGGUUUUGUGGCCUAUAAAAUCUUUCCAUUGGCAUGGAGGGAGGAGAUGAUGGAAUUUUCUUUUUUUGGGGUGAACUGCUCCUUUUAACAUGUUUAUGCAGUGGCUUCUAUUCAUCUGUUAGGACUUUUGUUUGCUGGUUUACCUGCUACGCCGUCAUUAAUGAAGUUGAGAAAGAGCGAUCAGUCAUGAUGAUGGUUAAGAAGUACGAAGCCGAUCAACUUUCCAAACCUUCACUACAAACAUUAGAGCACAUUACAGACACCACAGAUUUAAAUAUACUUAUCUUGAGAGAGUGAGUGGGAUUAAUGCCUUAGGUUCUGUCCAUGCACUGUUCUUUUUAAAUGUGAAAACUUUAUUUAAACCCUGUCAAUGUUUUAUUGCACACAUGUAGCCUUGUUCCAUCAAACAGGGAACAAAAACACUGGCUCUGCAUGUUGAACAUGUGUGGUGAGGAUGGAUGGGUUUCUAUGGAUGUCAUAUACACACUAUAUGUUUUAUAUUUGUUUCCCAAGUGCAAUGUAGAGUAUUUGUUCCCAAAAGUGAACAUACUUUGAACUUUUUCGUGCUCCAACAUUUAUGUGUGUCAGUAACAUGUAGCUCCAAUAUAACGUCACAUUGUUUGCACCCGUCUCCUUCUUGCUAUCAGAACAAAAAGCAUCGAGUCUGAAGUAUUUCACACCAAGAAAACCAAACUUUGGCUCUGUGGAAAGUGGAGCAUUUAACCGAUUGGCAUAGAAAGCAGAGCGGGUUACAUUUUUCUUUUCCUGGUGGUGGUUAAAUUGCACUAUUUCUGGGAAAUUUUAUAAACCUUUCUUUAUAUUAUGCAAUCUUUGUAAGAUUAUUUGUUCACUGAUUUUUAUUUUUUAAAGACUGUGGUUUAGCUGUGUGCUGUAUUUUCUUCUGUAUCGCCCGCAUGUCUGGAUGGACACUUGUCAUUAAUGAACUCUACGGUCUCUACAUGACCCUUUCAUGAAUAAAUGUUAAUCCAAACUAC